ACAGAAGAUAGUGUACUCAGAUCAAUUUCAAUAAUUAUGGCUUCUUCAUCAUCAUCUGCUGAUUGGUCGUACCAUGUUUUCUUGAGUUUCAGAGGAGACACGCGAAAAUCCUUUACUGAUCAUCUUUAUACAAAUUUGUGUCAAGCUGGAAUUAACACUUUUCGAGAUGAUGAAGGAAUCCGAAAAGGUGAAAGCAUCUCUGAUGAGCUAUUGAAGGCCAUCGAAGGGUCCAAGAUAUCAAUCAUCAUACUCUCUAAAAAUUAUGCUCGAUCUAGAUGGUGUCUCGACGAAUUGGUGAAGAUCCUAGAAUGUAAACAGAAUCUAGGACAAAUAGUUUUUCCUAUAUUCUAUGACGUUGAUCCUUCAGAGGUUCGCAAACAAACAGGCCAGUUUGGUGAUGCAUUGAUUCAACAUAGAGAACGAUUUGGGAAUCAAAGAGUUAAUGAGUGGAAAACUGCACUCACUACCGUCGCUAAUUUAUCAGGAUGGGAUUUGCAAAUUUUGGCAAACGGGUAUGAGUCAAAGUUCAUCAAAAAAAUUACUGAAGAGGUAGUACGAGAAGUGAAUCGUACAUACAUAAAUGUUGCAAGGUAUCCUGUUGGAAUUGAUUCUCGUGUUAGAGAUAUACUUCUUUUAUUGCAAACUCAAACAAAUCAUGACGUUAAGAUGAUUGGAAUUUUUGGCAUGGGUGGUGUGGGAAAAACUACUCUUGCUAAAGCCACAUACAACUUGAGUUUUCAAAGGUUUGAAGGUUGUUGUUUUAUUGCAAACAUUAGAUCACAAGUUUCUGAGGGGCACAAUGGUUUAGCCCGUUUACAAGAGAAAAUUCUUUGCAAGACUCUCAAUAGAAAGAAACUUGAAAUAGAUAAUGUUGACGAAGGAAUAAGUUUGAUCAAAGAAAGAUUGCGAUCAAAAAGGGUUCUUGUUGUCCUCGAUGACAUAGAUGAUACUAGUCAACUAGAAUCAUUAGCUGGACAACGGAAUUGGUUCGGUUCUGGCAGCACGAUUAUAAUAACAACUAGAGAUGGUCAUUUGUUAAGUGACCUUAGAGCACACGAGAAGUACAAUGUAGAAACGUUAAGCUCUUUAGAAUCUUUAGAACUCUUGAGUUGGCAUGCUUUUGGUGUUCCUAUACCAUCAGAGGAGUAUAUUGAAAUAUCCAAAAGGAUAGCAAGCUAUACUGUUGGACUUCCAUUAGCACUUACAAUUAUAGGUUCUCAUUUGCGUGGAAGAUCCGUGCAAGAGUGGAGCGAUAAUGCUGAGAAAUUAAGAAGAAUACCCCAUGAUAAAGUUCAAAAUAUUCUUAAAAUAAGCUACGAUGCACUUGAUGAUGAUACUAAGAACAUCUUUCUUGAUAUUGCUUGUUUUUUCAUUGGACAUGACAAAAACGACACUUCUACAAUAUUGGAAGCUUGUGGUUUUUAUGCUGAAAUUGGAAUAAAAACAUUGAUAGAAAGAUGCUUGUUAACAAUAGAUGGGGGCAGAGUAUUUGAAAUGCAUGACUUAGUAAGGGAUAUGGGAAGAGAACUUGUUCGAAAGGAAUCGCCCCUAGAGCCUGGCAAACGGAGUAGAUUGUUCGACCAAAAGGAUGUAUUUGAUGUCAUUCGAGGCAACAAGGGAACAGAAGCAAUUAAAGGGGUGAUUGCAAAUUCUAACAUGUUAAAGAAUGUGGCUUUCAGUACCAAGAUAUUCAGAAAGAUGGAAAAUUUACGAAUACUCAUAUUGAAUGGUGUGUGUCUCGAAGGAUCCUUCAAAUAUUUUCCCAAUGAGAUUACAUUUUGUAGGUUGCACAAUUGUCAAUUACUGAGUCCCGUACAAACUGAUUUUCGCAUUGACAAACUUGUUGUCUUUGACUUCCAAGGUAGCAAUAUCAAAGAAUUUCGACCCAAUAUGCAGCACUUUAGAUGCUUGAAAAUCUUAAAGUUUGAUGGUUGUGAACAACUCAAGGAAACACCAAACUUUACUGGAGCACAAAGUCUUCAGAAAGUAUCCUUUAUAAGUUGUUCAAAUUUGGUCAUGGUGCACCGGUCAAUAGGAAGUUUGGACAAACUUGUUGAGUUAUAUUUCUGGGAUUGCGAGAAACUUAAGGAGCUUCCAAGUAGUAUUUGCAAGUUAAAAUCACUUGAGAUUUUAUUUGUACAAACUUGUAGAAAACUCAAAGAGCUUCCAAUUGACUUGGGAAAAUUAGAACAACUAAGAGAUUUAACUGUUGCCACAACUGCCAUCUCACAUAUACCCUUUUCUUUGGGUUGUUUGAGGAAUCUAAAGUUCCUAACCCUUGAAGGUAAUAAGGGUUUUGUACCAUCAAAAUCAAAAUCUCAACUUCAUGGCAUCUUAUCACCUCAUUUGUGGUCAAGAAGAACCCUUGAUCCUGUUACCUUUUUUCCACCUUCAGUUGCAAAUUUAUGUUCAUUGAAACGUCUGGAUAUCUCUCUGAACUAUCUGCAUGAAGUAGAUCUUCCUGUUGCUAUUGGGAAUAUGUCAUCAUUGAACAAUUUAGAUUUAUCAUCAAGUUACAAUCUCCAUAACUUACCCUUUAGCCUUUGUCACCUUUCCAAUUUGGAAACACUCUACUUGGACAAUUCGCGAAAUCUUAGAGCAUUACUAGAACUUCCUCCUAGUUUGAAGAGUCUCUCUGCAAAAAACUGUGUCUCAUUGAAAAGAAUAGCAGAUGUAUCAAACUUGAAAAGGCUUAAAUGGUUGUACAUUCCCAACUGUGAAAGCCUGGUAGAGCUCCCUGGCCUGGAGAAUCUUGAAUCCUUAAUAGAGCUUGACUUGACAAAUUGCACUUCUUUGACUAUUCUCUGCAACUAUUUGCAUGAAGUAGAUCUUCCAAUUUCUCUCAGGAGUUUGUCAUCAUUGAAAGAAUUAUAUUUAACCCGAAGUUGCUCUCUUCGGUACUUUCCCUUUAGUUUCUGUCAUCUAUCGGGUUUGAAAAACCUCUACUUGGACGAUUUGCAUAAUCUUAGAGCACUUCCACAACUUCCUCCUAGCUUGGAGUCUCUCUCUGCAAAAAAUUGUGGGUCCUUGGAGAAAAUAGCCGAUAUGUCAAACUUGAAAAGGCUCUAUCAUUUGUGGAUUCCCAACUGCAAUGGUUUGACUAUUCCUUUCAACUAUUUGCAUGAAGUUCUUGGGAGUUUGUACUCAUUGAAAGAGUUAGAUUUAAUGGGAAGUUGCUCUCCUAAAAGCUUACCCUUCAACCUUCGUUGUCUUUCUAAUUUGAGAAGACUGUAUCUGGACGAUUGGCAGAAUCUCAAAGUAAUUCAAGAACUUCCUCCUAGUUUGGUGAUACUCUCUGCAGGAAACUGUGGGUCAUUGGAAAAAAUAGUAGGUAUAUCAAACUUGAAAGGACUGGAACAAUUGCAUGUUCCCAACUGCAAACGGUUGGCUGAGCUUCCAGGUCUAGAGAACCUGGAAUCCUUGCGAAAUCUUGAGGUGACAAAUUGCACUGCUUUGAGGAUUCCUCUGAUUGAAAACUGGUUGCAGGCAUGUUGUGAAGGUGACAGUGUCAAGAUUUCGGUUGGAGUAACUGAUAGGAAUGUCAUUUGCAUUCUUCCAACGUUUUCGAAGUAUAGAUUCGUCUAUAUGCAUUCGGAUGGCUUUCAUUUUGGUGACUGCAAUGGAGUUCGCAUAGCUACCAGAAGCAAAACCAGUGGUGCCUCAGCUUGGGUUGGAGAUGAAGAAUUGGAAUGCAGUGUGGAUCAGAAGAGGAAGUAUGGAAGAGUUGAUUUUGAGGUGGCAGUAAUGGUGGGGGAAGUAGUGGAGGUGUUUGCAGAAUUCCAUCAUUUGCAUACACUUUUUUUAUUUGAAAUGCACAGAAACAGUGAUGGACAACUGCGCUUCUUUCCAUCCACAAGGCCUUUGCUGCAAUUUGAUCAACCUCAACUACAACUGGGAGAGUAGCAUCAUGUUUGGGGUUAGCAACAACUAACCAUCAACUCUGGGGUGACGAGGAAAACUCGCAGAUACUAUCUGAUGGUGUGUUAAAUUUUAUAAGACGGGUUGAACCAAAAGGGUGUUCGCAAUAAUCAAUUAAACUAGUGGUCUUCUC